AUGACUGAAAGAACUCAACAAUAUUAUGAUAACUGUAUCACCGACGAAGAUGAAGAGAAAGAAGAAGCAGAAGAAGAAGAAGAAGAAGAAGAAGAAGAAGAAGAAGAAGCAGAUAAUCCGCAAUUCACAUACAUUUCUGAUGAUGACGAUGACGGUGAUGAGUCAAGACGUUUUAUACAACGUAAACUUUUAGGUGUACAAUCAAGAGGUAUAACAACAAGAUCAAAAGCAAAAAAGGAACACGCUUCUUUGCCGUCAACAUCAACACAGGUUGUCGCUGAUGAUAAAAAUAAUAAUUAUAAUAGUAAUAGUGAAAAUGAUGAAAACGCAGAUGGUUACAUUAACGUACAACCCCCAGGUCAAAGAUUUAUAGUCGAGUGGCAAAUAGUUGAAAAAUAUAGACAGUUUCAAGCUAAAGGUAAAGAGACUACAAUCAGAAUCCUUCCACCUGCUGCAGAAUCUAAUCAUAUGCAAUGGGUUGAAGGUGCGAUAUGCUUGCGUUAUAAAUAA